AUGCCGCUUACCUUCUUCUCGUUACUUCGGUCGAUUGGUGCUAACUCCGUGAGGGCUCAAGACCCUGCAGCAGUAGGCGGCAUAUAUCGGAGGAUACCUACUAUGGUGACAGUUGUUGUGAUAUGUGUGAGGGUGUGGUUGUGGUGUAGAACAACAUGGAGGAUGAUAUAUUUAGCGGCUAUUCGGGUGCGGAAAAUGCACAAUGUCGUCACCAAGCGGAGACGAGUGAUUCCUUUUUCGGAAGGCCCUCGCACCGCAACCGAAAAACUCGCCAAGUACAACCACAUUUCUUCUUCAUCUAGCUCCGAAUAGCUUCCACACUCCAAACCUUGGACAGCAAAUGGAGUCUUUUCGCCCGAUUACAGCCAAUGACCGUAUGGCGAGCGAGUCCUCUAGGUACAGGAGGACCCCCUACAGGACGCACGAGAGAGAGACAGGGAAGAAAGGGGUCCUGUUUUGCCCGCCGUUGGACCCGUGUCCCUGACGAAAUCCUAUGUCAAAACCUUCUCGACGCGCGACUCGUCAACCUUGCCGCCGCCGCCGCCGGUGUCAGUGGAUGCCUGGUAAAAGCGAAUCAAGCCCAGUUUUUACGCCGACUCCUACCUGGAAGCCCCAGAUACUACACUACGUGAGUGAUACUGCCAGAAGAAGCAGAGCCCAAAGUGCCUCAUGUCAGGUACGGCUGCACGGAUGGCUGGGCUAGGGUUUUAAAGGGAUCCUCGGCCAUCCGCUGUCACUGGUAGCGAGGCGUGCUGUGUACCCGUCGUUCAAUACUUGGCGUCAUCAUUGUCCUCGAUACCAAAGGUGACCGUAACUACGAAGAUCACGGAGAUACGGUGGAGACCCAAGCGGGAUAGUGUGUGUGCGCGCAAGGCCUUGUGUCAACUCGCCGAGUUUCACCUCCAUAUCCCCGAGCCCGAAAUUGUCGUGGGGGCAGCGGUCAUGGUCGCCGAGUGCAAACUUGAAGUGCCAAGGACAAUUCUAUGUAUGAAGGUGGACCGUGGAGCGGGCCGUGAAGUCCCUACAUUUCAGUCUCCUGUCCUAUUUUUGUUUGUAGAGAACUUGCAGCAGCGAGUUUUUAAUGUCAUCGUUGUCGUUGUUCGGUCUUCGAACAACAGCCUCUCGAUAUAUGUCAAUCUCAACAGCCUUGUCCCC